AUGGAUUUUAAUGGAUGUAAACACAUCGGGGAUGACUGCCUCUACGGACAGGACGGAAUAUGCGGAGGUAUCGCGGGCUUUGUGUGCCGACCAGGCACAACUUGCAUGUUUAAACCACCUAACGUCGCCGACGGUGCCGGCAAAUGCUGCUUGAAUGAGCCAAGCUGCAGCGGACUCAGCUAUGACCACACCCAGCUCACCUGUUGCGGAGGAACACUUCGUCCCCGGGUGGCCGACCCCCCUUCGCAGACCAAAUGCUGCGGGACCCAGGCAUAUGAUGAGCGGUUCCACAUGUGUUGCAACGGACAGUUGACGGAGAGCCCUGGCGGACCUAGACACAGCGAGUGUUGCGGCAACAAGGGCUACGAUACGAGGUGUGGGGAGUGUAAUGGCUGGCACAUCAAACUAUGGUACGACCAGUCCAAGGAGACUUGCUGUGCAGGCGACAUUACACCAAUAUCAAGCGAUGUGAGCUGUUGUUGUGGUCACCUAGCGUUUGACCCCACGCAUCUCAUUUGCAAGAACGGAGCAGUGGUACCAAGGGCUACGGUUCGACCGGGAACAUGCUGCAUGGCGCAUACUUCGUCGCAUGUACCCAACACAUACUGUGAAGCGGAACCAUACAACGUAACGAAGCUCACGUGCGAAGGUCGCGUGAUCAAGUCGGAAGGCAAGAUUUGCUGCGACGACACAAUAAACGAUCGCGUGGCGGGACCGUACACCCAAUGCUGCGGCAAUAUCAGCUACGACCCGUCCCAGUACACUUGCUGCGAGGGAACGAGUCUACAGGAACUCGUAGCAGGAGACCGAACAGAGUGCUGCUGUCGAGAAAGUUACGACCCCGAGAAGUCAAUAUGCUGUGACUCCGAAAUUCAGCCAUUUAGCAAUUAUACUGGAUAUCUCAACACGACCAUGUGUUGUGGAAAGAAAAGCUAUAACCCCGCACUGAAGAUUUGCUGCAACGGUCAACUAAGAAAUUUCUUUGGUGGACCAUCAACGACCGCCUGCUGCAAAGAUGAAGCCUACGACAAACGAUGCUAUACCUGCGUCAUGGGUCAGCUAAGAAAGGACUUCAAUUACCCAACUCAGAUAUGCUGCAAUGGUGUGGCUCAAUAUGCCCCUGCGGGAAAGCAUUCUUGCUGUUGUGGCGCCACUGCGUUCAGUCCUAAUACGCACAUUUGUUGCAAUGGCGCUUUGGGCUGGCGAAAAGGGGGCGAAUUCAGCUCUUGCUGUGGUUACCAAAGCUUUGAUCAGCGCUACGAAGCGUGCUGCAACAACGUGGUGGUACAGGGCGGGGGCGGGUACGAUUCUUGCUGCGGUAACGUUGCGUACAAUCCAAGAACCCAGAUAUGCUGCGGAAAAAACACAGUCAUAACUAGACAAGCGAAUGAACAUACUUGUUGUUGCGGGAGCUCGAGCUUUAACCCAGAGAAAUCCAUUUGUUGCAGCGGAUACGUUCGGCCUCGUGAUCCAAAGAAACGACUGCAGUGCUGUGGAAUAUAUUCCUUCAAUCCGAAAAGAGAAAUAUGCUGCGAGGACACGGUGCAACAGCGCUACAAAGGAAAACACGCUACAUUGUGCUGUGGAAACCAGCGCUACAAUACAUACGAAAGCGUCUGCUGCGAAUCGGGCGUUAUAAACAAGAAGUACACACCGGACGACGAUUGCUGCUGUGGGCCGAAAACGUAUAACAUCAAGAAGCAGGUGUGCUGCAAUGGGAAAGUCAACCAUAAAUGCGGUGACUACGACCUUUGCUGCAACAACCUUAGCUAUGACCCAAACAUCAGUAUCUGUUGCAACGAGGAAUUGAAACCAAGGUCGUACGGCAACAUGACGUUAUGUUGUGAAACCGAGAUAUUUAACCCUUCUUCAAGCAUUUGCUGCGGAGAUAAACUGAUUGACAAAUAUUAA